GUUUGAUUUUGAAUUUCUCUGCCGCUGGAGAAAAAGGAGGAGGCGGAAGAAGGGGGUCAAACAGAGGAACCUGAACUGGAUGGUGGGGGUCUUUCCGCACCGCUGGGACAGCGAAGCUGCUCAUCACAUCCCAUUAGGAAACUUCAGGCGUCUUCCAGUACUUUCCACCACCACAACCAGCAGUGCAGUCUGGCGGAUUUUGCUACAGAGCCGCCAUCUUUGUGAGACCAGCAGGCAAAAAUGAAGAUGGAAGCAACAAACUCAGCCAUGGCAGCUGAGAGGUUGCAGAGAGUGGGGAGGGUCCCUUCCAUCGUCCAGACCGAGAGCAUCUGGGAGGGUCUGCGAAGGAUGGCAGCCCACCCUCAGGUGAAGGAGGAACCAGGUGAAGGCCUCCUUCCUCAGCGUGAGGCCCAGUGGCACGGCUGCGUCACGAUAGUGGGGGCUCCUCCUUGCCCUUGGGACGUUGCCUCUACCGUGCCCGAGGAGCCCUGGCCGUGGGACAACACUGAGGCCUUCCUACGCUCCUUUGAGCAGGUGGCCCAGGCCUGCCAGUGGCCCACAGAGGAGUGGGCAUCCAGGUUGCUGCCCGCCCUCCGGGGAGAAGCUGAGCAAGCUUAUCGCCGGCUGUCAAGGCCAGACCAAGAGGAUUAUGGGAAAGUGAAGGCGGCCAUCUUGCAUGGGGACAUCCUGAACCGGGAGAAGCAGCGCCAACGUUUCCGGCAUUUCUGCUACCAGGAGGCUGAGGGUCCGCGGGGGGCGUACAGCCGGUUGCAGGUGCUUUGCCAUGAGUGGCUGAAGGUGGAGAGGCUCUCCAAGGAGCAGAUCCUGGAGACCCUGGUGCUGGAGCAGCUGCUUGACACCCUGCCCCACGAAGUGCAGAAUUGGGUGAGGGAGCAGGACCCCGAGAACUGCUCCCAGGCGGUGUGUCUGGCGGAGGAAUACCUGAACGCGCAGCGAAACACCAAAGCAGAGGAACAACAGGCAGCGGUGGUCUUGUAUCGUUCCCUGGGGAUCCAACCUCCGUCAGACCUGGAAGAGAGACAGGGGUGCCCACAAGUCAAGGCAGAAGAAGAGGCUGAGGCCCAGAUUGUUGGUCCUCGGCACAGAAAGGAAAAAUACUGGGAAUAGGAGAAAGUUCGCUAUUUUUGCAGACAAUGCUAGUUAAGCAAAAGUAAGGAUAUUUUGUCUAAGAAUAGUCCGAAGAACACAGUGCUGUCCUGGGUCCUGAUCCUUUUUUUUUCCUGCUUUUUUUCUCUCCUGGUAAAGCCUAGAGAUCGCUUAAACAAGCUACGUCUUGCUUGGCAGCUUUUCUUCCCUUAUAGGCGUUAUCCACUCUGUAACCAUAAUUAGUUCAUUAAUGGCCUCUGGCACGGGCUUGCUAUGCUGACUGAAAUUCACAAAAUCCUUACCUUAACAACUCACAGCCCCAAGCACUAUUUUAAUCCUCUCAGUGUGAAUUCCCUGUGGCGUUGUCUGUUUACUAACUUCUAUUCUUUUCCUUUCCAAUGAAUGUAAAAUACAAAACGUUAAUUUCCUUCCUUGUUACUCACCCGAGCUUUCAAAAGGGCUGUGGAGUUGAUUUGUUUCUUUGAUGUUUUAUUAAUCAAAUUUGUAUCCUGCUGCAAUCACAGCACACUUAGGGGCUCACAAAUUAAGAAUAUGCAAAGUAAAUAAAAAUAUAAAGAGACAGGGAUCUAAAAGCUAUCUAGAAAAAGUUUAAGCUUCAAGUUACUUUCCCCCACAUCUAUUAUUUCUGUAGUAUCCUCAAAGAGUUAUUGUUUUAAUAAGAUUCCCUGCACUCAGUUGUUCAGUCCCUGGUCAUCUCACAGCUGGACUAUUGUAAUGCUCUCUGUAAGGGGCUGCCCUUGAACACCAUUCAGAAGCUACAGCUGAUGCAGAGUGGGGCAGUGCAGGUAGUUUUGGGGCCCCCAAGAAUGGCCCCUGUAACACCACUGCUCUGUGAGCUGCAUUGGUUACCAGCAGGGGUCU